UGCUGCUGUGUAGAGCAGCAUCCUCAGCGCCCAAGGGAUUCUUGAUCAAGUCAAGGACAGGAGAAUAUGGCAGCCGCUGCUUCGGAGAGACAGGUCCGGAUCUCGCGCAUCGCGGGCCGGUAUCUGGUCUUCGACAUCGAAGACGUCGUGCACAUGCGCCGCCACCACGGCAUUUGUGCCGUGCUGACGGGCACGAUGCCGCAGAACCCGACGCAGAACCUCUUCCUUGGCCUGCCCAUCGAGCUGCACGCCGAGGAGGCCAAGCUGCUGGUUGACAAGAAAGCCGGCUACAUUGCCGACGAGCUGUCCGAGCACCUGUCGCGGCUGACUGGCCCGGACGAGGCAGCCCGUAAGGCAUACAUCCAGUCCCUCAAGCGGCAGCGCAGGGCUGCGCAUGCGGCCUUUGAAGAGGAAAAGGCAAAGGUACGGGCCCAGCAUCAGGGGAAACGCAAGGCCGGAAAAAAGGCCAAGCAGACACCAGCCGUCGCUGCUGAAAGCGCGGAAGAUGAUGCCUCGACCAUAGGAGUAGCAGCAGCAGCCGCAGCAGCAGAGGGUGAACAAGGCGAGUCAUUAUUUAGCACAGCUCCUCCCAAGCAGCCAGCAGCAGCAAGGGAGUCUCCCCUCCCGGGAAUUACCCCUACUACAAGCAGUGACCUCCUCCUACCAUGCCCAGCUCGCACUGUUGGCGACAGCAGCAGCAGCAUGGCAAAGGACUUGUCACCUUCUUCGUACCCGUUCUACAGGUAUCUCAACUCGCGGGGCUACUACACGACGCCCGGGUUGCGGUUUGGUGGGGAUUACAGUGUCUACCCGGGGGAUCCGUUCCGGUACCACGCGCACUACCUGGCCAACAGUUACGGAUGGGACGAGGAGAUCCCCAUGCUCGACCUCGUCACCAGCGGGCGGCUGGGCACGGCCGUCAAGAAGAGUUUUCUCUUCGGGGCGGAGAAGCCAGCCAACGAAGGAGCCGUUGCCGGUGCUGGGGGUAGUGAAGUGCGAGUCUUCUGCGUUGAGUGGGCGGGCAUGUGAGGAGGGUAGUGUGCAAGGCGGUUCUGAUAGUCAAAUGAGAUACCGCUUUCGAUUCGCACUCCGUUUCUAUCUUGCUCCGUUGCCCGUUUUCUGAUCUGAUCUGCGAAAGCAACAGCGGGUUCAAUCACCGCAACCGAUAACGCUCUAAAAGAGGCCAAGCCCAUAUUAUUGUGAUGUUGAAGUCUAGGACAACCCUGUUGACUAGCAUUGGUGUUGCAACUGAUUUAGCUUUAGCCUCCAUAUCUAUUGUGUUCAAGCGAAGCCCC